AUGAAUUAUGUUAAAACUUGGAGGUCGAGGGAAAGAACUUUGAAACUAAUCAGGGAGGAUCCAACAGAGUCAUUUCAGCAGCUACCAAGCUACUUUUAUAUGCUUGAACAAACAAAUUCUGGAACGGUGACAAAGUUGGAAGUCGAUGGUCACAAUAGAUUCAAGUAUUGUUUCAUGGCACUUGGUGCAUCGAUUGAAGGAUGGGUCCACUGUAGGCCUGUAAUAGUUGUGGAUGGCACGUACCAGAAUGGGCACUACGGAGGCACUCUAUUUACAUCUUGCACACAGGAUGCUAAUAACAGUAUCUUUGUGCUUGCAUUCAGUGUUGGGGAUAACGAAAAUGAUGCAUCUUGGACAUGGUUUUUAGAAAACCUUAAGGGUGCUUAUGGUAAUAGGGAAGGACAUUGUCUUGUAUUAGAUAGGCAUAACAGUAUAAAGACUGCAGUCGAACAGGUGUAUCCGGGUACAAGCCAUGGAAUUUAUACGUAUCAUUUUCUACAAAACUUGAAAUCACACUUUGGUAAAUCAGGUCACAAUAUAACGCCACCAUUCAAUCUGGCUGUUCAUACAUACACUUUGUCAGAUUUCGAGUACAAUAAGCAACAGUUGGACACAAUCAACAAGAAGAUUAGAGUCACAAAAGUAGUGAAGAACUAUCCUAUUAUAGCGUUGUUGGAUUCAUUGCAACAAACAAUACAAUCUUGGUUUUUUAAGAACAAAGACACGACAUAUGACACAUUCACAAAGUUGUCCACUAAGUACGAGAAAAUGAUGAGAGAAAUGAGCACAUCUUUGAGGAACACAAGGAUGACGAUCAUAUUUGUUACAUUACAUCAUAUACAUAUAUAUGUGACUUGGUGGAAUAUCCAGUAUGGAUCAUCAUUUGUCGUUGAUAUAGAGAAACGAACUUGCACAUGUCGGAUGCUUCAAGUUGAUCAGAUGCCAUGUCCACAUGCAUUGGUUGUAAUAGCAACAACUAAACGGGAUCCAUACGAUUAUUGUUCGUACUUCUACACCCGUGAAGCGUACAUAAAUGCAUACCAAAACAUAGUAUACCCAGUGAGGAAUCCAAAUGAGUGGAUUGUGGCCCCGAAAGUUGAAGACGUAAUUGUCCUAGCACCUAAUCAGAAAAGGAGCUCAGGUAGACCUACUGAAAAGAGGAGAAGAUCGUGCAUUAAGGGGAAACAAACGGUGAAAUGUGGAUGUUGUGAAGGUAGUGGUCACAAUCACAGGACAUGCAACAACCUGCUUCCAUUAGCGAAAAAAUAA